GAGAGAGGAGGGGGAGAGGAAGGACAAAACCACCGGGGGAGAAGAAAAGAGGAGGGAUAGAGGACUGCUUGUUUUCACUUUAUGUCGAUUUGAAUAACGUUAAAGAGGAGGAAAAAGCGUUCAAGAAGAGCGAGUUGAUUUGCACUAGUUUUGCAUUUACUGUAGAAACAGAUCGGAGGAGAGAGAGAGAGAGAGGAAGAGAGAGAGAGAGAGUUCUCAGCUCCUAAACCGACACGUGUUGAGCUCGACUUUACUUUCCACAGUUCUUCAUCCGGGAGUGGUGUGUCUGUGUCUGACUGAGUGUGUGUUUGCACAGACAGACAAGGUUUCAUCUUCACGUGGCGGUUUGUACAGCAACACGGCGAGACGAAGCUCCGAGCAGACUCUUCCCCCCCGCUGCUCUUCCUACACGCUAUCGGACUAUGGCAGCGGUAACCAGCCCGGAGUCGAGCCCUCAGUCCCGGGUCUACUUCCAAACUCCCCCCGGUGCCGAGGAGACCGAGACCCCUGCGCGGAAACAAGGCCGGGUUACGGUUAAAUACGACCGGAAAGAGCUGAGGAAGAGACUGAAUUUGGAAGAGUGGAUCAUAGAUCAGCUCACAGAGCUGUACGACUGUGAGGAGGAGGCGAUUCCUGAACUGGAGAUCGAUGUGGAUGAGUUAUUGGACAUGCAGAAUGAUGAGGAUCGUGCUGCACGUGUUAAGGAUCUGCUGGUGGACUGUUACAAACCUACUGAAGACUUUGUAGUCGAGUUGCUUGACAAAAUCCGCGGCAUGCAGAAGCUCAGCACACCUCAAAAGAAAUGAUACCCCUACGUCCUUGGCUCUUCCUCCUAACCCUCCCCCAGCCAAUCCCAGCUUCCUCCUCUGCUUCACUAGGUGCUCCAGCAAUUACUUGAGGUGGAGGAAGAAGCGAGGUGACUGGGGAAGCUAGCCAAUCAGAUUCUUAUAAGCAGGGCUUAUUUUUUUUCAUUCUGUUAAUUUUGUGUUAUAUAUUUUUUUUUCUUAAUGGGAAUAAUAUUUCACUGUGUUUUUAAAGCAUUUGUAGAAAUCCUAGCAAUACGUUUCUACACAUAGGUUUUUAGGGAUUACUGUGUGAAAUUUUGUUCUGAUGCAAUACUGUAUGUGUGUCCCCAGGGGACAACACUCGCUAUAGACGUGCUGUUUUUAAUGUUACAAUAUAGUAAGUUUGAAAUACAAGAGAUAUAUGCAGCCUUGUCCAUUUAACAAAAAAAAAAUCCUUACUUUUUUCUUGUGCAAGGGAGUGAUUAUGUAGAUCUGGGUGACCCGGGUUAGAACGAGGUGGAUUAAGGUUGGAAAACUGGAUAUUUUUUGAGAUGUAUAAAGACACGUACAUAGAAACUUGCAGACAGCUGGGCGUCACCUCCCUUAUGGGUCAGUGGGAACAUAUAGCACACAUCACAGCUGUGGUUAUUAGGCCCUCUCACACACAGAUGUGUGCAAUGGCAUGUGGAGCACAGAGGGAGAUGAAGGCACGCUGGAUGGUUGUGCGGUAUGCCACAAAGUCUGCCAGUUUAUAAAAUUUAAAUUCAUGUUUUCGUUCGAAUCUGGUAAAUCAUCCUACCCAGAAAGCGUCUGGGUCUUUUUCACAGCUGAUCAAACACAACUAUAAUAGGGCUAUUUGCAUAUCCCAUGUCUGUAAGUGGAUUUAGUAGCCAAGCUUCACUUUCAGGCCCCCAUUUUUCACAUUAAUUUAGCAUAAACAAACAAGUGCACAGCUUCUUAUACUUUGUUGUUAUGACAAAAACAAAGUCAAAAGAAAGUAAGAGUUUUCCUCUAACACCACCUCAUAUUUGUUCCUUCUGCAUUGUGUCUCCUCUCUUUUCCAUUCAGCUCUCAUCUUUUCCUGGUAGAAAUACCCUUUUCUAUAUCAGACGUUGCCUUAGUACAUAAACUAUGUUACACAAGCCAAAUAAAAUAAAGGCAUUCAUUUGAGAAAUAUUUAUAUAAAGGAUCAAUUUCAAAUUAGCAUUUAAAUAAUAUGUUGAAUACAUUUGGAAAGUUGAAUACAACUCCAAAACAGUACUUUAUAGAUGUGCAUAAAAUAAAAUGGAUCUGUUCUUUCUUUUUGUAUUAGAUAAAGCAUUUUUUAUACAACGGCAUACAGAAUAUGCUAAUAUCAUGAACUAAAUGUAAUAAGACAAAUCAUGCCUUCGGUAAAAAGUAAGCACCUGAGAAUAAUCUGUGAUUGAAGGUGGGGUAGGGGAAAUGAUAAGAAAAUGUAGCAAUAAACUCGUCUAAAUAGUUUCCUGGGUUUGUUAUACUUUAUGCAAGUUUAAUAAAAAAAUUGUAAAAUACCA